AGGGCUGAGGAUGAAGAUGAGGACGAGGAUGCUCGGGACGAAGAUGUCCUGUUUGUGAAGAAGCUGCAGCUCCGGCCACAUGGAGAACUGGACCGCGGACGCCGCGGAGAACUUCGUCUUCGAGAAACUGGCGAAGGGCUCCGCGCGGCAGGAGGCCGAUGGCGAGAGGUCCUACAAGACGUACCUCGUCGGGAUCGUCAUCGCGAUAUGUGGGAACUUCCUGAUCAGCAUCUCUUUGAACAUCCAGAAAUACACCCACGUGCGGCAGUCUCAGCGCGGCUCCAAGCCCUACUACACCUGCGUGCUGUGGUGGGUCGGCGUCGCCCUCAUGGGUCUGGGAGAGCUGGGAAACUUUGCCGCCUACGGCUUCGCGCCGGCCUCCCUCAUCGCCCCUCUGGGCUGCGUAUCCGUCAUCGCCAGCGCCGUCAUCUCGGUGGCGUUCCUCAAGGAGACGCUGCGUGCCUCCGACAUCCUGGGUGGAGCCUUGGCCGUGGCGGGGACUUACCUGCUGGUGACCUUCGCCCCCCACACGACCCAACACAUCACCGCGCACGCGAUCCACAGAUAUGUGGUCAGCUGGCAGUUCCUCGUCUACCUGGGUGUAGAAGUGCUGCUCUUCUGCGUCCUGCUGUACCUGUACAAAAGGCGGAACGUGAAGCACAUCGUGGUCGUGCUGCUCCUGGUGGCCCUCCUGGCAUCCGUGACGGUCAUCUCGGUCAAGGCCGUGUCCGGGAUGAUCACCGAGUCGGUGGAGGGCAAUCUCCAGCUCAUCUACCCCAUCUUCUAUGUCAUGGUGGUGGUCAUGGUAGCCUCCUGUGCCUUCCAGAUCAAGUUCUUGAAUCAAUCCAUGAAACUCUUCAAUGCAACUGAAGUGGUGCCCAUCAACUUCGUGUUCUUCACUGCCAGCGCAAUUCUUGCAGGAAUUGUGUUCUAUCAGGAGUUCUACGGCUUGGCUCUGCUCAACAUCUUCAUGUUUCUUUGCGGGUGCCUGCUGUCCUUCCUCGGCGUCUUCCUAAUCGCGAGGAACCGGCCGCAGGUCAAGACGGAGCGACCCUUCGUCGACAUAGGCCAAGUCCCCGGGCGAAGGUGUACGGACAAGGUCCAGCCCGAGCCCAGCAGCCUCACCUACGGAUCGCUGGCCGGGGACAAGGGACAGACGGAGAGCUCCACCUAGGGGGCCCACAAGCCUGCUCAGGGUGCGGAGGACGACGCGUACAGGGUCUACCUUUAAAAUCAGUCGCAGCCUCCCUCGCUGCCAGACUAAAACACUCCCUCAGGAGGACCGAAGGGACUGGCAGUGCAGUGCAGUUUAACGGAGUUGUAAAACUACUAAAAACCUCAAAAGGAUAAAAUUAAUCAUGAGGGGACAUUCUGUAAAUCUCCUUUGCACUCUUGUCCUCCUGUACACAUCUUGGCCACUAGGUGGUGUAACGGUUAAAGAGGACCUAAAACAGCCACACAUUGGAUUCCCCAGGGGAGUCCUGCUGUUGUACCCCUAACUAGGUGCUUUAAUCGCUCCUCCCCCUUGCUGUGUGCAUAAAUGCAUGAUGAACGCUUGGCAACAAAGUCCGUUUAAUGUAUCGUAACCGUCGUUUCCGAUAAAUAAAAGCUUAACCGAUUCCUGGCAUUCCUGCCCCCCAUCCGCGUAGAUUCUAAAAUUGUUGUUGGAUCUCCUGUGAGGCUUUAAGGAAGAGAGAUGUGUAGAGGGUAAGAUGUUGUUCCAGCAACUUUUUUUUUUUUUUUUUAUUAGGCUUCAAAGUGCUGAAGGAGUUCACAUCAAGGCAAACUUGUAAUAUUUUUCCCCAUUUUCAUCCUGCAGAAUUCACUUGAUUCAUGUAAACUGCUUGUCAUUUUUAUAGCUGCCACCACAGAGACAGUUAAAGGGCGUUGUGGCACAAGUUUGGUGCUGCGAGAAGCGAUCCCUCCCCUCACCUGCACUGUGUCCAAGCACAGCGUUAACACCCAUUGUUUUGCGUAAUUCUCUUAUCCGGAGCAUUGCCAUGGCAACCACCCACAGAGGCCCCGGUGCACUCCUCUCUUGUGGAAGACGGGUGCUGAUGCUCCUUUUCACUCCGCCUUUACAGGGUACCAGAAAGGUCCCCCGUGGCAGAUGGGCACUAAGCUCCUGAACUAAAGGAAGGCCUGGCAUAAAGCAAAUACUCCAUGGUAACUUGAACAACAUUUUAAGGAGGUGGAUAAAGUUUAUAGAAGGGCAGAAAAUACUAAAUUUUAUAAAUUAAAAACCCUUUAACUACUGAAGUUGGCUUUUCAAAUUGUACUUUUCCUGACAAAUUUCAUUUUACACUUCACAGCCCAUUUAUCACAUCACUCAAAAACCAACACUUAAGUUUCAGGCCGCACAACUUAAAAUUAAAUGAAAAUCCACCAACUCAAGAAUAAUUUUACACUGAAACCAAGACUACCUGGGAUGAGGGGGGAAGUGCGCCACCUAGUGGCCAAUAGAUUGACACAUCUGUCCCCAGGAGGUCCUGUCAAAACACUCCAAAUAGACAACUUCUCCCAUUCAAAUGGGAGGCAUCUUUGCAUAGUUUGAGACCAACCACACACAGCAUGGAAGACAGCGGGAUUUGAACCCACAACCCUACUGCUCCAAGGCACCUGAACACUAAACUCUUAACAAGUAGAAGGGGAAUGCCGGAGCCUCAACUGCAUCACGUAGCCCCUUUAAGUGUCUGAUGUGAGGUGCUACGAUGAGGAGGAAGGUAAGAGCAGCAGCAUGGCUGAACAGUGGAGCUCCAGCAGGGGGCACUGUGCUGGAGGAAGCCAGUGCAAUGCAGCAAAGUGGUGACAUUUUGCUCCAUGGAGGCUUCGCCACUGAUGGAAUCAAGCAGCUACAACAUGCAAAUCCUACUCUCCAGCAGGAAAAGUGCUCAACUGCAUGCAAAAAUGGCUGAGAGAAGAACCCCAUGUAGAGAACAUGCGAAUGUUUAUAUCCUGGAACCAACAUGUUUAAAGGUCUGCGCUGCUCUGCACCAACCAGCAGCUACCGCUUCAUGAGCCAAUCAAAGUCCUGCGGUCCUGAGUGAGGCCCACACAACAGCCCGCUGUACAGGCAGCGGUUAUGCAGGAUACACUUAUUCUCCACAGUUACCAAGCAACAGGAUUCUCCUCUAAACACACCCACGCUUCCCCCUCAUGGCACAGCAUCCCGCUGCGGGAGGGCGUGAGGAAAUGAGCACGUACCGUGUCGUAUCGUCUCAUUUUCUCACGCCCUCCCCCAGC